AUGUCCUAUAACCCGGAACGAGCGUGUCAAUACUGCAAGUCCUUGGCGCAUAUUGAUAAAUACUGCCCUGGAUUUAAGACUUGCAUCUACUGCAAAGGGGACCAUAACAUCAUCAAGUGCACGAAGAUUACGUGCAGAAGAUGCAAAAUUAAAGGGCAUCAUCAAGUAAUCUGCCCGAAUACGUCAGAGUACAUUGGCUUGGACCCGGUGCUAGGGGGAUCGAAGCAACAUGGGAUUUUCACCACCAAGAGGCCGAGCUCAGCAUCAGAACUGAUCUCUUUCAAAAGACAGAGGACAUUGGACCCUUACACUUCAGUAAAUCUGAAUAUAUCUGUCCAGUCACCCGAGCAUUCGGACAAGAAGUGGGUUGCUAUCGAUGAAAGCGUGAGGGAUGAGCUUUCACUGCAAGAAAAAUUCAUCUUUCCAUACCUUAAGCCACUGUGCAGUGAAAUGAUCAGUGAACUUAUGCAGGGAUUAUUACCGGGAUCAUCAUCGCCUCAUUGCAAUUACCCUGAGAUCAUUGAUGAGCAUGGUGGUGUGGAGAAAGUAACAGAAUCUCUGAUCCACCUUCUAAGUCCACACAUUAUCCAGUUCCAGGGCCAUGAAGUAACAAGAACUGCACUGAACGCAAUUAUCUGUCAACAAAUUGAUAGUAAUGAGCCCUGGAAUAUGCCUUUAGGUUACGCAAGCAUUGUAUGUGAUGACCGAGAUACAUUAUGGUGGAGGUUAUAUAUAGGCCAAUGCUCUUUAUCAUGGCGGCGGAUUGUGUGCCAACAUGCCCAGCAAAUUAUCAAGGGAUCAACAGCAAGUCUCUACUACUUUAGUCUGUGGAUAGGAAACGGUCAUCGAUAUGCUAGGUUUAUCAAGCUUUGGGGUUUUCCUAAGGACACUGUGACUGAUGGAUGGUAUCAAGCCUGCAGCAAUCUACUUGAGGCCCUGUUCUGCAGAGCUUUCAGGACCCAUCACGGAAUGUUGAAUCGACUGGGAUCAAAGUACCAUAAUGAUGGUAAGGCCUCAACCUUGGGAUGGGGUCUUAAUAUAAUGUCACCGCUCGUGCAGGGAAAUUUGGCCCUGAACAAAGAACUUCGGACCAAGGCAAACAUUGGUCCCAGUAAGGCACCAGAUCGACAGAUCCAAUACUGGGCCGUUUUCAACUCACGACAGAAGGCAGCUGCUGAGAAGAAUAGAGGAAAAGAAAGUAUUAAGGCUGUGUUCGAGAGAGAUUUCGACGCUGCAUUACAACUCGCUUUGAAUAAUGACGAAGAGGCCUUUAACAUGGUCAGAGAAUCACUCCAGCUACAACAAGAAACGUCCGAUUUCAGUGAAAAUUUGGCUCAUAUACCCUUUUGUGGUAGUUUGACCUCCAAAGUGGCCGCAAUUCUUGACUAUGCUGCUGUUUCAGGGGCGAAUGAUACGCCCAUGAGAGCUAGUAAUAAUGAUGACAAGCAGCACAUGCUCACAAUCCCAUGGUCUCUAGAUGGAUGUGGCUUUACUGAGGGAAAUAUUCUCAUCUGGACCUACGACUUUAAGAGUUUUACGAGUAUAGGUCUUAAGCAUCUUGGUCAUGAUAUUCUGACAGAUCCUGAUGCCAGAAAGUUCCAUGAAACUUUGCUCGCAACCAGCCAAGCUAAGAUUAUUUUCCUAUGUGGGCCUCAACCAGAGAAGCUUAUACGAGCCAUUGUGAGGUCUUCGCGCCAUACUCUGUCUCUACGCGGAUUUGACUACCCACUCUAUCGUGACCCCUUACGGGAUCGUCUUUUUAUCUGCUGUCCUCCUCUACCUGCAGAGAUCUGGUCCGUUAGCACAAGACAUAGUAUCAAGAUAAGCGAGGCUCUGAGAUUUGCAGUUAACUUCAUCCCAUCGUUAAAGUACGAAAUUCGACCGUUUUUCUGUGAAAACAGCAGCGUUAUUGGUUAUAUCUUGCGCCAAGCAAGGAAAGAAAGACUCGGAGGAGAAGCUCUGAUUGCUGACACUGUGGACGAGGGUGUCCGGCUCUGGCUAGCCAGAAGAAACAUGGGUCAAGCUGAAGAUAUCAAAGAAAUAGAGAAGAUUGCUGGCUCACUUACUCGCGGCCUCUUAAUGGUUUUGAAAUUCCUUCCAAGGAGACCGAAAAGUGAUGGGAAUGAAUCCAAAGAAAGAAGCCCGCAGCCCAGCAGGAGAGCCACUGAAAGGGUGAGGGUUCAUGAAUCCUUCAAUGUGGAGCAGUAUCAAAAGAUAGGAGACUUUGUUCACAAGCAUCUAGACGAGCGGGAGGUAGAUUACAGAAACCGUUUAUCUCGGCUGUGUGCGGAGUCACCGCGGCCUCAAGACAAGGAGAGAUGUUCUACUAGCUCUGAUAAAGGAGGAAGUGAUGCGCCAUCCACUGAUUCGGAGUCUAUUGCAGCACUGAAAUGCUUUUCACAAUUGCAGGGUCAAGAAUUUCAGACGGGCGCAGCAGAAAUGAAAGGACUGGUAGAACAGUGUCAGGCCGAGGCAGGAGAUAGGGCCUACGAAGCUCCCAUUGAUAUCCUUCAAGGCCUUACAGCCAGAGUUAUAGGUGAAGGUUUUCUUGACCCCGUCGGUGUCACUGCUGCACAGCCCCUCAUCGCUGGGGCUAGUGACAAGAAGCGGCAGGGCGUGAAAAGUGUGGUGUGGAAGAAUGAAGACGUCCGAAAUCGUGAAUAUAGCUAUAAGCUUAAAGACCAGCUCAAGCGCCACAUCUAUAUCUACUAUUGCGAGAUUCGGUUCCCGGCUAAUAUGGAUGUCUUAGAUGAAAUGGUCUUUAUCAAACUAGAGCUUUGUCCUUUGGGAGAAAUACAUACAAGUCUAUAUGCAACCUCAAGCUCUGAAGCUCACGAUGAUCCGGCCCUACGUCUAGCCUUCCGGGUUAGAUACAUCGAUUCUCUCGGUCGUGAAGUGGUAUACUAUGCAACAAAUCCAGCCAUUAGUAUGGUUUUCAGGGCGAAUACCUUGGUGGAGGUUCUGGAGAAGAAAUCAUUGGAAGACAUUUCGCAGUUCCCGAGACGGUUUAUCCACAUUGGUAGUCAAAAUAAUGCUCAUCCCUUGCUUGAACGCUUUAGGCGUGGGGGGAAUACCAGCCCACUUCCUCGUUAA